CCUGGCUGUCACCGUGUUCCUGGAGCCUCACAUCCCGCUGUCUGCCUGUGAUAACUUAGCUGAUUCCCCGAAAAAACUUCACCAUGAGCGGCGACCAUGAACACAGAGACGCACAGGUCAAUUGUGGAUCUAAAGGAAAUGACUCUCACAAACAUAAAGAGAAGCACAGAGACAAGGAACACAGACACAAAGACCACAAGAAAGACAAAGAACGGGAGCGCUCCAAGCACAGCAACAGUGAACAUAGAGAACACUCUGAGAAAAAACACAAAGAUAAGCUGAAGCACAGUGACGGCUCAGAAAAACAGAAGGAGAAAGAGAAGAGAAGAGAGGACAAGGUGAAAUCCUCCCAUACAGAGAAGCCUAAGAAAGAAAAAGAAAAUGGAUAUGUUCGAGACUCAAGUCCUAUAAUUAAGAGUGAGCCUGAGGAAGACAAUGGCUUUUACCCAGUUUCAAAGCACAAGGCUAAACGAGAGUAUGAUGAUGAAGAGUUUGAAUAUAAACCGAAAAAGACAAAAACAGAACAUGACAAAAAGGCCAAGAAGAGGAAACACGAGUAUGAAGAGGACGAGGACGAAGAGGACAUAAAACCCAAGAAGACGAAAGAUAAAAGUGGAAAAGAUGGAAAGAAAAACAAAAAAGAAGAGGAAGAGAAAUGGAAAUGGUGGGAAGAGGAAAGAUACACAGAUGGAUCAAAGUGGCGCUUUCUUGAGCACAAGGGCCCAGUGUUUGCACCUCCGUACGAGCCUAUGCCCGACAAAGUCAAGUUUUACUAUGAUGGAAAGCCCAUGAAGCUAAGCGCCCCAGCUGAGGAAGUAGCCACUUUCUUUGCCAAAAUGUUGGACCAUGAAUACACCACUAAGGACAUCUUUAGAAAGAACUUUUUCAAAGACUGGAGAAAAGAAAUGACUCCGGAAGAAAAGUCAAAGAUUUCUGACCUAAACAAGUGUGACUUCAGUGAGAUGAGUACAUACUUCAAGGCUCAAUCUGAGGCAAGAAAGCAGAUGACGAAAGAGGAAAAGCAGAAAAUCAAAGAGGAGAAUGAGCGGAUCCUUCAGGAAUAUGGUUUUUGCAUCAUGGACAAACACAAGGAGCGGAUCGGGAACUUUCGGAUUGAGCCACCUGGACUUUUCAGAGGACGAGGAGACCACCCAAAAAUGGGAAUGCUGAAGCGACGCAUCAGACCUCAGGACAUCAUCAUCAACUGCAGCAAGGACUCCAAGAUACCCAAACCUCCUCCCGGGACAAAAUGGAAGGAAGUUCGUCAUGACAACAAGGUGACCUGGCUGGCCUCCUGGACAGAAAAUAUUCAGGGCUCCAUCAAAUACAUUAUGUUGAACCCCAGCUCAAGGAUUAAGGGCGAGAAAGACUGGCAAAAAUAUGAAACGGCAAGGCGACUGAAGAAGUGUGUGGAUCGUAUCCGGACUCAGUACAGAGAUGACUGGAAGUCAAAGGAGAUGAGGAUCAGACAGAGGGCAGUGGCACUCUACUUCAUAGACAAAUUAGCCCUAAGAGCUGGAAAUGAAAAGGAGGAAGGGGAGACAGCAGACACAGUCGGCUGCUGUUCUCUGAGGGUCGAACACAUCAAACUUUAUCCCAAAAUGGACGACAAGGAGUAUGUGGUAGAGUUUGACUUCCUGGGAAAAGAUUCAAUUCGCUACUACAACAAGAUCCCAGUAGAGAAAAGGGUCUUUAAAAACCUGCAGUUGUUUCUCGAAAACAAGCAGCCAGAAGAUGACCUUUUUGACCGACUAAAUACUUCGAUUUUAAACAAGCACUUACAGGAGCUAAUGGAUGGACUCACAGCUAAAGUGUUUCGAACCUACAAUGCCUCCAUCACUCUGCAGCAGCAGCUCAAAGAACUCACAUGUGGUGAUGACAGCGUCCCAGCUAAGAUACUGUCGUACAACAGAGCCAACCGGGCAGUGGCCAUUCUCUGUAACCACCAGAGAGCUCCACCCAAAACCUUUGAAAAGUCAAUGCAAAACCUCCAGACCAAAAUUGAUGACAAACAAAGUCAGCUGUCUACAGCACGGAAACAGUUAAAAGCUGCUAAAUCAGACCACAAGGCUUCCCACGAUGAAAAGAGCAAAAAAGCUGUGGAGAUGAAGCGAAAAGCUGUCCAGAGAAUAGAGGAGCAGCUGAUGAAACUCCAGAUGCAGGCGACAGACAGAGAGGAGAACAAACAGAUCGCUUUGGGCACGUCCAAACUCAACUACCUGGACCCACGCAUCUCUGUCGCCUGGUGUAAAAAGUAUGGCAUCCCGAUUGAGAAGAUCUACAAUAAAACUCAGAGGGAGAAGUUUGCCUGGGCGAUUGACAUGGCAGAGAAGGAUUAUGAGUUUUAAAACACACAAAUGUAUUUCCUUCGUCAUACCUUUGAUUGUAGAGAUGGUUUCCUGUUGAUGUCAAAUGAAUCCACUUUGUGGCUAAAGCAGGGCUGUAAAGAACAAAAAGCAAAUACAGGCGCAUGUCCCUGGAGGCAAUUAUUUUAGAGGUUUUAUAGUUAUUUUAAAAAAGGUGAAAUGAAUAUAAUCUGACUUGGUAACAAAAUCUAAAUUAUAAAAUGCAUUUCAUUUUAAUUUUAUUUUGUGUUUUUAUAAUACAAUUUAUAUGCACUUAAAACUUAAAGUAACAUAAGAAUAUAUCUACCAUCCGUAUUAUUUAUUUACAUGAUUAUUGUUAUUCAAUGAUUUAAAUAACAUGAUCACAUUAUAAGAUUCAUGAAACACUUAAAUUUGACUUUGUCAUCAACUGUAAGCCAUAAUCAUCACUAUAUAAUCUUCAUGAAUAUUGUAGCGUGUGUUCUGGUGUAAGAAAACACGCCGAAUUUCUUCUAGUUGUUUAUUUUCUGAACACAAGGGCUACUGUAGGCUGUAACCCACGACAAAACAACAGCACAACAGCAGGCUCAACUCAUUAGAGCCAGUCUCCAAAACAGACCAGUAACUGAAGAAUAGAACCUUCUCUAGAACUUAUUGGGCAAAGCAAAGUGUCUCAUGCAAAAGCAGUUAUAUUAACAACAACACAAAGAACUGAACACAAAAUAUCAGAUCAUUACAUUAUUAGUUUGUAUUGACUGCUGAUGUGGCUAUUGCACAGUAGACAUGCGCCUUGAUCACCAGAGAAGACUUAUUACAGUGUGUAUGUAUGAAUUUACUCAAGAAUCAACAAUCAUGUGAUCAAACUACAACUCUUGGAACACUAGAAUUAUGACAAUAGUAUGUAUGUAGCCGAUGUCCGCCCCAAAUAUGGACACUUUUGUUUUAUUUGAGAUGACUUAGAUUAGUAAGCCAUCAUAUUUAUGGACAAAAUUCUAUAUUCUCAUAGGAUUGUUAACAAGUAAAUGUGUGGGGACCUGUGAGAGCCAUGUGAUAGGAAGGAAAGUAUACAUGAAUAUUUAUUGAGGUUUUUUGUAUGUUAAGACAAAAUGCACCUGGCAGACAAAGGACUGUGUGCAUCUCCAUUAUUAGCACUUGUUAAUAUUAAUAUUGCCAUAAAUUUAUUACUUUACAGUUUUGCAUUUUAUUUCAGGGAUGUAUAUAUUUUUGUUCAUCCAGCUGUAUGCAUUAUGAGCUAAAGCCUUCCCUCACUGCACAUACACCUAUCAGGCAAAACAUUAUGACCACAUGUCUCUGAUGGAAGGUGAUGAUCAUUGCAAACAUAGAACACCGCAUUAAGAGCAAUUUUUGAAAUGCUCUAAUUUAGUCAUCAACCCCCUUCUACUUGUCCAUUUCCCCCUAUUCUUAACGCAGCUACUGUGAGCCAAAACUUCAUCUGUGUAUGGAUGUCCCCUGUCACUGGUCAUCAUGUUAAGCCUGAUGGUUGGGUGCGUCACAUAGACAUUCCUUGUGCUUAUUUGAAUCAGCUAUGUUUAUGUUGCUGAGCUUCAGGCUGACUUUUGUAAUGGAUGUGGUCUAUGCCAAAAAUAACUGAAAUCCAUACAUUUAAUUGUGCUACUCUUUUGUAUUUAUAUGAUUAAGCAAGUGUCCUAAUUUCCAGAUGUGAGUGUGGUCGAGACGUCGUUAUUCUUGCUGUUUUGAUUAAUUUAAAUAUUUAUCACUCAUGUUCUGAAUGGUUGGAUGCUUAUUGUAGCUUUGUAGUU